CCGGCAAGUGAAAUCCCAAUCUCGAUACGCCACAGGCAGCAGCAGCAGCAGCAGCAGCAGCCAGAUCCUUCUCCUCCGUCCCGAUGGCCCGCACGAAGCAGACUGCCCGCAAGUCCACCGGCGGCAAGGCGCCGAGGAAGCAGCUGGCGACCAAGGCGGCGCGCAAGUCGGCGCCGGCGACCGGCGGCGUCAAGAAGCCCCACCGCUUCAGGCCGGGAACCGUCGCGCUCCGGGAGAUCCGCAAGUACCAGAAGAGCACGGAGCUGCUCAUCCGCAAGCUCCCCUUCCAGCGCCUCGUGCGGGAGAUCGCGCAGGACUUCAAGACCGACCUCCGCUUCCAGUCCUCCGCCGUCUCCGCGCUCCAGGAGGCCGCCGAGGCCUACCUCGUCGGGCUCUUCGAGGACACCAACCUCUGCGCCAUCCACGCCAAGCGCGUCACCAUCAUGCCCAAGGACAUCCAGCUCGCCCGCCGCAUCCGCGGGGAGAGGGCCUAGGCUCUGCAUGCGCUCUGUGAUGUGUCAGCUGCGCCUGAAUCCUGCUAGAUGUUUAUGACUCUGUAGUUGUUUGCUCCUCUUGUUGUUUCCCCUGCUUGUAUGCCCGAUGGAUGCCAUCAAAUGUUCAAACCUCUGGUUUGAUAAAUGGAAAUGAAGUAUCUUUUAUGAUA